AUGAUAAUCUAUUUUAAAACAAUAGAUCUUAGAAAGCUGUUAGAAUAGAAUAAAGCAAUUAAUUUGAGACUGGGUAUUUGUAACCAACUCUUAAACAAGUUAAUUCACCUCAUUAAUCUUAAUCUAUUUCACCUAUUCGAAGUCAAAAUGAUUUAAGUAUAGAUAACAAACAAGGAUUAAAUGGCUAUCCGAAUAUAAAAAAUGCUGACCAAGUAGAAAUAUUAAAAUAAAAUAAAGUAAAUUGCGGCACUUAUCUAAGAGAUAGAGAAACUAAAUAGUUGUAUAAAAUUGAAAACACAAUAAAUAUAAGAAUACCAAUCUAAAAUUAGUCAGAUUGAAUUACAUUAUAGUUUAAAGAUUGAAGAGCUAGAAACUUAACAUCUUUACUAAAUUUCUUUAACUUAAAGUUAAUUAAGAGAAAAAUAAUAAGAAAAUGCUAAUUUAAUAAAUGAAAUUAAUCAAUUAAAAUCUUAAAAGAAUAAAUAUAAUUAACUUGUCGAAUAAACUAAUGCAGAAAAUUAUCAAUUAAGAGAAUAAUUAAGAAAAUUUUAAAUGCUUAAUUCUACAUAAACAGGAGAUUUAGCUGAUGAUUAACAUUCAAAAUAAAAUAAGUUAGAAAUUAUUUAAAUCAAAUAAUAAAUGUUAAAAUUAAAUGAAGUAAUCAAAAGUUUAGAAGAAUAAAAUAAUUAUUAUGAAGAAGAAUGCAAUAAAAUAUUCAAGGAAAAUUAGUAUUUAAUCAAUCACCAAAAUAAUUUGACUUAAUAAGUUGAAACAUAAAAAUAAGAUUUAUUAUUAUUUCAAGAAGAAAAUAAAGUAUUGUAAGAAAAAAUAAUAAAAAUCUAAGAAUAGUUCAAUCUUUCUUAAGAAUAAUUAAUUUAAUAACUAAAGUAAGAGUAAAUAGAAAAAUAAUAAAUUUAAAACUAACAUUAAUAAAAAAUUCAUGAAUUAUAAAGCUUAUCAACCUAAUUAGAAUCAAAAAUUUAAGAGACUUAAUAAAUUUCUUCUUAGAUUAAUUAAAAUUCUUGGAAGAUAAGUUAAUUAGAACAAUAAGAAAAAGAUCUAUAAAAUCUCGUUGAACAUUAAACUACUCAAAUAGCUCAGUAAAGAAAAACAAUAAGUCUUCUUGAAUAAAAUUUAUAGAACUCUUAGAAUACUGAAAUUUAAUACUAACAAUUAUUAUAAAAUUAUAAUAGUAUUAAGGAAUAGUUUUAAUAAUUUAAAACAUAAGAGCAUAAUAAUACAAAUAAUUAAUUAUUAAUAACAUAAAAAUAAUGUCAGGAAUAAUAAAAUAAGAUAGAAAAAUUAACUGUUAUGUUAAAAAAUAGAUUAAAUGAGAUAGAAUUAUGGAAGAAUAAAUGCUAUGAAAAUAAUUCAUAGCAAAAUAGAUAACUUAUAGAUUAACUUAUUUAAGAAAAUGAAAUAUUAAGAUAAAAGUAUAUUUGAUAUAUUCUAUUUAGAUGUAAUAUACUAGAAAUAAAUAUUAAAGAAAAUAACAGUCCAUCUUAAUCCUAAGAAAUCAAUAAAUUGAACAUUAUUGUAUAAUUUUUAACUUAAAAUAGAUAAAACAAUAAUAAGAUAAAAUUAUAUAGUAAUAAUAACUAUUAGAAAAUUAAAAGAAAUAAAUGAGUAGUCCUAAAAAUUAGAAAACAUUUACGACAGAAAUAAAUGUAAAAGAUUUCAAUCAAAAAGGUAAAUACAAUUGA